AUGCAAGAAAUAAUAGGAGAUACAACAUAUAAUUGGACUGAUGUCACAAGCAAAUUUGCUGAUUUAUGUCAUCAUUUACCAAUUGGUGAAAUUGUACGUGAUAGAGAUUUUACAUUAUUUGAAGCAAUGACAGCACUUGAAUUAAUGGAUCCAAAAAUGGAUGGUGGUAUGUCAAUAAAAAAUCAUUUUCAAGAACAAAAACAAGGUAAUCAUAUUUUAACAUUAAAACAAUUAAUUGAUAAACAAUUAUUAAAAAUAAAAAAAUUUACAUCUAUUGAAUUAAUACAUUUAUUUGAUCAAUUAUUAUCAACAUUUCAUAUGUGGCUUGAUGGACAUAGUCUUGCAUUAACAUUAUUUACAUGUGUUUAUUUACAUGAUAUAACAAUAAUUGAUGAUAAUCAUUUACGUUCAAUAUGUUUUACAUUUAUUAAAUUAAUUGAUUAUAUACGUGAACGUAUAUUAUUAAAAGCUGGUUUAUUUGAAGAAGAAGAUUUUAGUGGAACAUUAACAUAUAAUUUUCCAUUUUAUCGUCAUAUUAUUAAAGAUCAAACAUGUUUAAGUGAUUUAAAAAAAUCUGAAGAUGAAUUAAAUAAACGUUUACGUUCAUUAAAACAUGAAACAGAUUUAAAUCAAUUAGAUAUUAAUGCAACACAACAAUUAAUAUAUCGUAUUAAAUUUUUACGUUUAUUUUAUAGUUUAAUACUUAAAUAUAAUGAAGCUAAUGAAAAAACAGGCGAACAAACUUAUUUAAAUAGUGAAGAAAUUUUAAAAUAUCUUAAACAAAUUGAUGAAAUACUUCAACUUAUUCGACCUUCACAUGUUGUUACUGAAGAUGAUAUUACGAAAAUCGACGAUAAUUCUCAAUUAAUAAUUUCUUCAACAUUAAUAAAUGAUAUAUCUUAUGCAUUUGAUCCCUAUUAUAAUUAUCGUCAAUUACCUCCAGCAUUUAAUCGUUUUAUACGUCAAUUAAUAUUACCAUCAUUUGUUUAUACAUCAUUAAUAAAUAUAUCUAAACAAUUACGUAAAAUGCUUGAAAUUAAUGAUAAACAUACAUUAAAACAAUCAUUUGAAUUUUUUCUUGAAUAUUCAACAUAUGAAAAACCAUCAUUAUUUAUACGUUCAUUAUUACUUUUAUCAUAUUUACCAUCAAUUCAAGGUUGUUUAUUAAGUUCAAGAAAAAUAUUUGGACAAAUUUUAUUUACUGAACAAGUUAAAUAUGAAAUACGUUUAUUUAUUGUACCACCAUUAUUAACAUUAAAAUAUUUAUCAAUUGAUCAUGAAACAUUAAAUUAUAGUGAAAAUUUUUUUCAACGUGCAUGUGUACCAUUUUCAAAUUUAUUUUAUUCAUUAUGUAAUAAUCAUGCACGUACACGUGAAAAAUUAUCAAAUUUAUUAGAUGAAUUUAGUGUUUUACAAGAUGAAAGUGAAAAAUUAGAUCAAUGGUUACAUAAAUAUCUUAUACAACAAAUAAUACAAACAAGUUUAUCAACAGUUAAUGCUCAAACAUUAUUAUUAAUUGAAAAAACUUCAUAUUUUUUUCAAUUUAUAUUACAUUGGACAUUAUUAAUAAUGGAAUAUUAUUUAUUAAUGGGUUUUGAUUUAUCAUUAUAUUCAAAACGUGAAUUAUAUGAUGUGUAUUUUUAUUUUGCUCAAAUUAUUUUAUUUACACAUAUUAAUGUUUAUAAAACAUCAAAAAAUAUUUUAAAUACAACAGUAUCAUUUCUUGUUCAAUUAAAUCAAAAACAACAAAUAAAUAAAAUUCAAAUAAAUAAUCCAUUUAUACAACAAUUAAAUAAUUUAAUACAACAACAUAUUAAUGAUGAUCCAUUAAUUGAAUUAAUGAAUGAAAAUAAUUCAUCACAAAAAAAAAAUAAAAGAAAAAAUCCAAAUGGUUUAUUAUCAAUAAAUAAUGAAUAUCAUGAACAAGAAUUAUUAUUAAUUAAUGGACAUUUUUCAAUGAGUACAGCAAUGCAUAGAUGUUUAAAAGCAUUAGAUAUUGAACGAAGAUUAAAAUUUAGCAGUAAUGAUUCAAAUUAUUUUCUUCGUGAUGAAAUUCGUUAUCGUCAUCGUUUUCUCCCAUUUGCAAAUUUAUGUGCCCCACCAUAUAUGCCUCAUACAGAUUUUCUUCAUAUACAACAUUUAAGUGAUAAUCGUUAUACAGCAUCUGAAUUAUAUCAAGAUGCAAUAAAUAAUUUUUCUCAAGCUAAAACAUAUUUUGAAAAUUAUCUUAAUCGUAUAACAACAUCAAAACAAUAUCAACAACAAACAUUAAAUCGAACAUUUACAAUAGGUAUAACAUCAUUAAUUGAUGUUGAAUCUUAUAUACGUAUAGCUAAAACAAAUGGCAUUGUAUUAAAAUUAUUAUUAAGUGGACAUAAACCAGAUGUAAAAAUUGAUUUUGAUUUUAGUUUACAUGCCCAUUAUCCUACAUUAAAACUGUGA